AUGAAGGUUCUGCUCCCUCUUCUUACGGCCAGCUUGGCCAGCGCUCACACCAUCUUCUCUUCCCUUGAGGUUGGUGGCGUAAACCAGGGCAUCGGCGGCGGCGUUCGUGUUCCGUCGUACAACGGUCCGAUCGAAAACGUUCAGUCUGACUCGCUUGCCUGCAACGGAGCUCCCAACCCGACAACUCCCACUUCCAAGGUCAUUACCGUCCAGGCCGGCCAGAACGUUACCGCUAUCUGGCGUUACAUGCUCAGCUCUACCGGCUCCGGCCCCGCAGACGUCAUGGACAGCACCCACAAGGGCCCAACCAUCGCGUACCUGAAGAAGGUCAACGAUGCUACUUCCGACAGCGGGAUCGGCUCUGGCUGGUUUAAGAUCCAACAGGACGGUUACAACAACGGCGUCUGGGGUACCGAGAAGGUCAUCAAUGGCCAGGGCCGCCACAGCAUCAAGAUCCCCGAGUGCAUCGCCCCCGGCCAGUACCUCCUCCGUGCCGAGAUGAUCGCCCUGCACGCCGCUGGCAGCUACCCCGGUGCUCAGUUCUACAUGGAGUGCGCCCAGAUCAACGUUGUUGGAGGCACUGGCUCCAAGACCCCCUCCUCCACUGUCAGCUUCCCUGGCGCCUACAAGUCAUCCGACCCCGGUGUCACCAUCAGCAUUUACUGGCCUCCUGUCACCACCUACACCAUCCCCGGACCCGCUCUGUUUACCUGCUAG